GAGAGAGAGAGGAAGGACCCUAAAGGCGAGAAGGAAAGGAAGGAGAGAGAGCAGAAGCAAAAUGAAAGGGACGCUCGUGAGCCACUUGCAGGUUCAGCUCGGCCAAAAUCUCCAAUUGUCGUCGUCGUCGUCGAAUCCCUCUUCCUUCCAGAAACUUCUAGAUUCCGAGGCCUCAGGACCUCCUCUUCCCUCCUCCUCGCCGCGGGCCGCCGACAUCGAUUCCACUUUCGACGAUAAAGAUUUCAUUCUUAGCCAAGACUUCUUCUGCACACCGGAUUAUAUCACCCCAGAUAAUCAAAAUUUAUUCAUGGGUUUUGAUUGCAACGAGGAAAACAUGCCCUGCCCCAAAUCACCGGAGAAGCCGACGACAAUAAGAAGUAAGAGAUGUCGGCAAGAUGUUUUCUCAUCAAAUCCAGUUAGUCCCACCUUGUCCGGCAUUCAAGAAAGGAUGGAAUCUGAAAAAGAUGAUUACAUUAUAGAGGAAAUAAAGACAGAGAAAAUUACAGGAACUGGAACAAAAAGGGUUCAAAACUAUGUAUCUCAAUCUGCAGUUGCUUUACGUUGUCGUGCUAUGCCUCCUCCUUGUAUUAAGAACCCAUAUAUAAAGGAUGCUUCAGGAAUGGACAUGGAUCCUUUUGGCAAUCAGAGAUCAAAAUGUGCAGAUUUCCUUCCUGCAAUCAUUGGUGGCAGUGGCCUUUCCCGCUAUCACACUGAUUUCCAUGAGAUUGAGUACAUUGGUAGUGGGAACUUCAGUCGUGUAUUCAAAGUCUUGAAGAGAAUUGAUGGGUGUUUGUAUGCUGUGAAACAUAGCAUAAAGCAGUUGCAUCAGGACAGAGAAAGGAGGAAGGCUCUGAUGGAAGUUCAAUGUUUGGCAGCUUUAGGGUCUCAUGAAAACAUUGUUGGGUAUCACUCUUCUUGGUUUGAGAAUGAGCAGCUAUACAUUCAGAUGGAGCUCUGCGAUCACGGCUUAUCCAUUAAUGGAUCUACGCAUCUAUCCUCAGAGUCAGAGAGAGAAGUUUUGGAAGCUCUGUAUCAGAUUGCAAAGGCGUUGAAGUUUAUACAUGAGAAAGGAGUAGCUCAUUUGGAUGUAAAACCUGAUAACAUAUAUAUCAAAAAUGGGGUUUACAAGCUUGGGGAUUUCGGAUGUGCAACUCUUAUCGAUAUGAGCCUCCCGAUUGAAGAGGGUGAUGCACGUUAUAUGCCUCAGGAAAUCCUAAAUGAGAGAUAUGAUCAUCUUGACAAGGUUGAUAUUUUCUCUUUAGGAGUUGCUAUUUAUGAGCUAAUAAGAGGGUCAUCUUUGCCAGAAUCAGGACCUCAACUUUUAAAUGUCAAGGAGGGAAAAUUGCCGCUCCUCCCAGGUCGUUCAUUGCAAUUCCAAAACUUACUCAAGGCCAUGGUGGACCCAGAUCCAGUUAGACGGCCUUCAGCUAAAGAUUUGGUGGAAAACCCAAUAUUGGGCAGGGUUCUUAGAAACGCUAGAACCUAAAGAAAUCAUGACAGAUAGCCCUUUAGAUAACCCUGGAAUUUUGUAUAUGCUGCCACCGACAGUCAACGUAUAAGAAUGGCCAAACUUUUGAACAUGCACCAUUAUUUUCUACAAGCGUGCUUAGAAUGGUGCAAAUUUUCCAAAUAUGUAGCAAUCUCGGAAGUACUAUAUCCUAGACUAGAGGUGAGCAGCGGCGAGGCAUGUUGUGGAUCGCUUUUCUCUCUCCACCACUUGCAUUACCAGAGGUACCCCUGG